AUGGGCUCAUCAGCAUCGAAACCCGCCUCGCGCGCCGCCAAUGCUGCAACGAAAGCAACCCGCCAAUACCCAUCUCGCCCAUCACCAGCAACCUCGACACAAGCACCACCCACACGCACAUCAAAUGCUCCAUCCCAGCCCCCGCCACCCCCAGCCGCGAAUCGUCAACCGGGUCCCACAGUCCACCCUCAAGCCCGCGCAAGUGGCCAGCGCAAUGAAGAAAUCAAUCUUGACGCCUCAGAUCCAGACUUCGCCCGCUCACUGCGCCAGCUAGGUGCAGUACAACCCAACCCUACCCUCUCGCCCUCUUCAACCUUUGCCGCCCACCCAAGCUCGCACUUCCCAAAUCCUUACGGCCAACAAGGCAACAACACAACCGCCCCUUCGCAGCGAUUGAACCCGGCACUCCGUGUGUUGCAAGCUCGUGCAGAGUUGGCUGGUGAAGCCGAGAGAGAAUUCUUGGAGGCUGGAAAGAGGGGAAGCGCUGGCAGGAGGUUCUUGGACGUGGGCACGUUGAGAAAUCUCGUUACCAUGCGAGAUCAGAGGAACAUGAGUCAUGCCGAGAUUGAGAGGGUCUUGGGCUUGAGGAGCGGUACUGUGGCAAAGUUGGGUCCCAAGGGUGUCGUGGGUGUUGAGGGCAUUCAGGAGGAUUGA